GCAAGAUGGCCGCUGUUUGGAUCUACUAACAUUUAUCUCAAACUCAAACACCUUGUUUUAAUUACCUCUCCCGUGCAUUUUUUCUGCAGCCGAAUGGACACCAGCGAGAAAAGUCUCAAAGAUGUACCAUGGUGACAACUAUAACAGAGACCUGGGUAUUCAGGUACAGAGGAUUGGUGUUGUGAAUGACUGCGAUAUCUAUCAAUGUCAGCACUGCAAAUUGGAUUUUUCAACACUCUUUCAUUAUAAUUUGCAUUUGAAAUACAAACAUGAAGGGGAAAACCUUGACAAUAAGAAUCUAGAUUUCACAGUUGACACUAGUGAACAUUCUAAUCAGUUAUCUAAUUUUCAUCAGCACCAUGGAAUUCAUAAAUGGAAAAAGCAUUGUAAGUGUGACAAUUGUGGUAAAUAUUUUACAAGUCUCCAAUAUUUAGAAGUACACCUUUUAAUUCAUAUAGGAGAAAAGCCUUACAAAUGUGGCAUAUGUUGGAAAUGUUUUAGAACUCGUACUCAAAUGUAUAGGCACUUAAAAAUUCAUACAGGAGAAAAGCUUUACAAGUGUGACCAAUGUGGUAAAUGUUUUCGAAAUCUUUAUCAAAUACAAAUGCACAUUAUAAUUCAUACAGAAGAGAAGCCUUACACAUGUAGCAUAUGUUGUAAAGGUUUUACCCGUUUGAGUAACUUAAAGAUUCACCAAAGAGUUGACUCAGGAGAGAAGCCGCACAAGUGUGACCUAUGUGGUAAAUGUUUUAACCAUUUGUGUAGCUUAAAGCAACACCAUUCAAUUCAUACAGGAGAGAAGCAGUAUAAGUGUGACCAAUGUGGUAAAUGUUUUGCCCAUCCGUAUGGCUUAAAGCAACACCAUUUAAUUCAUACAGGAGAGAAGCCGUACCAGUGCGACCAAUGUAGUAAAUGUUUUACUCAUUUGUGUACCUUAAAGCAACACCAUUUAAUUCAUACAGGAGAGAAGCCGUACCAGUGUGACCAAUGUGGUAAAUGUUUUACCCAAUCCCGUAGCUUAAAGCGACACCAUAUAAUUCAUACACGAGAGAAGCCGUACAAGUGUGACCAAUGUGGCAAAUGUUUUACCUAUGCGUUUAGCUUAAAGCAACACCAUUUAAUUCAUACAGGAGAGAAGCUGUAUAAGUGUGACCAAUGUGGUAAAUGUUUUACAUAUUUUGGUAAUGUGAAUACACAUCUUAGAAUUCAUCAGGGAGAGAAGCCUUAAAAUUUUUAUGUUAUGCAGUAAAUGUAUUACAGAUUCCUCACAUUUCAUUGAACAUAAUUUAAAAACCUCUACUGAAAUAAAUCCAGAAUGA